AUGGAGGGCGACGACUUCACUCCGGAGGGCGGCAAGCUCCCCGAGUUCAAGCUAGAUGCGCGGCAAGCGCAGGGUUUCAUCUCCUUCUUCAAGAAGCUGCCGCAGGAUCCCCGGGCCGUUCGUCUCUUCGAUCGCAGGGAUUAUUACACUGCCCAUGGCGAGAAUGCUACGUUUAUUGCAAGGACAUACUACCACACAAUGUCUGCCUUGCGUCAAUUAGGUAGCAGUUCUAAUGGAUUCUCAAGUGUUAGUGUGAGCAAGGCUAUGUUUGAGACCAUUGCCCGCAACAUUUUGUUGGAAAGGACUGACUGUACAUUAGAGCUCUAUGAGGGAAGUGGGUCAAAUUGGAGGUUAGCAAAGUCUGGAACACCUGGAAAUAUUGGUAGUUUUGAAGACAUUCUGUUUGCAAACAAUGACAUGCAAGAUUCACCAGUCAUUGUUGCUUUGUUUCCAGUGUGCCGGGAAAGUCAGCUGUAUGUAGGGCUUAGUUUUUUGGAUAUGACCAAUAGGAAGCUUGGGUUGGCUGAGUUCCCCGAAGAUAGCCGAUUCACAAAUGUUGAAUCAGCUCUUGUUGCAUUAGGUUGCAAGGAGUGUCUUCUCCCAGCAGAUUGUGAAAAAUCCAUUGAUCUGAAUCCCCUUCGAGACGCCAUUAGUAAUUGUAAUGUUCUGUUGACUGAGAAAAAGAAGGUUGACUUCAAAUCCAGGGAUCUUGCACAAGAUCUUGGUAGAAUAAUCAGGGGUUCUGUUGAGCCUGUACGUGAUCUGCUAUCUCAGUUUGACUAUGCUCUUGGUCCCCUUGGAGCUGUUUUAUCUUAUGCUGAGUUGCUAGCAGAUGAUACUAACUAUGGAAAUUACACAAUUGAGAAGUACAAUUUGAACUGCUACAUGCGACUUGAUUCUGCUGCAGUGCGAGCAUUAAACAUUGCAGAAAGGAAAACUGAUGUAAACAAGAACUUCAGUUUGUUUGGUUUGAUGAACAGAACCUGUACUGUUGGGAUGGGAAAAAGAUUGCUUAACAGAUGGCUGAAACAACCUCUAUUAGAUGUUAAUGAAAUUAAUAACCGAUUGGACAUGGUUCAGGCUUUUGUAGAAGACCCGGAGCUUCGUCAGGGACUCAGGCAACAACUUAAAAGGAUAUCAGAUAUUGGUCGUCUAACACAUGCUCUCCGAAAGAAAUCAUCUACUCUGCAGCCUGUUGUUAAGCUUUAUCAGUCCUGUAGCAGAAUCUCAUACAUCAAGGGCAUUCUUGAGCAAUAUAAUGGCCAAUUUUCCACAUUGAUAAGGUCAAAGUUUCUUGAACCAUUAGAAGAAUGGAUGACAGAGGAUCGGUUUGGUCGGUUUUCUUCUCUUGUCGAGACAGCUAUCGAUCUUGAUCAGCUGGAGAAUGGAGAGUACAGAAUAUCUCCCCUAUAUUCUUCUGACUUGGGUGUACUAAAGGAUGAGCUUUCUGUGGUUGAAAAUCACAUAAAUAAUCUGCACGUGGAUACAGCUAGUGAUCUGGAUCUUUCUGUUGAUAAGCAACUGAAGCUAGAAAAAGGACCUCUUGGACAUGUGUUCAGAAUGUCAAAGAAAGAGGAGCAGAAAGUCAGGAAGAAGCUCACUGGCAGCUACUUAAUCAUAGAAACUCGUAAAGAUGGUGUAAAGUUCACAAGUUCUAAGCUGAAAAAGCUAAGUGAUCAAUACCAGGCACUGUUUGGUGAGUACACAAGUUGUCAGAAAAAGGUGGUUGAUGAUGUAGUGAGGGUUUCAGGCUCCUACUCAGAGGUAUUUGAAAACUUUGCUGCAGUUCUGUCGGAGUUGGAUGUUUUACAAAGUUUUGCUGACUUAGCAACUAGUUGCCCAGUUCCUUAUGUUAGGCCAGACAUCACAGCGUCGGAUGAAGGAGAUAUUGUUCUACUAGGUAGCAGACAUCCUUGUCUAGAGGCACAAGAUGGUGUUAACUUUAUACCCAAUGAUUGCACUCUUGUGAGAGGGAAAAGUUGGUUUCAGAUCAUCACUGGGCCAAACAUGGGAGGAAAAUCCACAUUUAUAAGACAGGUUGGUGUAAAUGUCUUGAUGGCGCAAGUUGGUUCCUUUGUACCUUGUGAUCAAGCAAGUGUUAGUGUGAGGGAUUGUAUUUUUGCUCGUGUUGGUGCUGGUGAUUGCCAACUUCAUGGUGUAUCAACUUUUAUGCAAGAAAUGCUUGAAACAGCAUCCAUCCUAAAAGGCGCUUCUGAUAAGUCUCUUAUAAUUAUUGAUGAGCUGGGACGUGGAACUUCCACGUAUGAUGGAUUUGGUCUUGCAUGGGCUAUCUGUGAGCAUCUUAUGGAAGUGACUCGAGCACCUACCUUGUUUGCCACCCAUUUCCACGAAUUAACUGCGUUAGCUCAUAAAAAUGAUGAUGAGCACCAACGUGUUUCAAAUAUCGGAAUUGCAAAUUAUCAUGUGGGUGCUCACAUAGACCCAUCAAGUCGGAAGUUAACUAUGCUUUACAAGGUUGAACCUGGUGCUUGCGACCAAAGUUUUGGUAUCCAUGUUGCAGAAUUUGCCAAUUUUCCAGAAGCUGUUGUUGCCCUUGCAAAAAGUAAAGCAGCAGAGUUAGAAGACUUCUCUACUACACCUACCUUUUCUGAUGAUUCGAAAGACGAGGUUGGAUCAAAGCGCAAGAGGGUAUUUAGCCCAGAUGACGUCACCAGAGGAGCUGCUCGGGCUCGGCUUUACCUUGAGGAUCUCGCCGCAUUGCCUAUGGAUGAGAUGGAUAGGAGCAAGAUCGUGGAGAUGGUCACCAAAAUGAGAGAUGAUUUGCAGAAAGAUGCGGCUGACAAUCCUUGGCUUCAGCAGUUCUUCUGA